GGCAGAGCUCCCGCACGGAGACACAGUCCUGACGGGGGGAGCCGCGCGGUUGCUGCGAUGUUUUUCCACUUCCACCAAACUCCAAUUCAGUGAGGAAGACCGCGGCGGGAAGCUUUACAGGCUAACAGUAGGUUAUGACAGAGGCAGACUCUUUUUGUCAACAUAUGUUCCUCUGAGAGCGCCGCUACUGCCGCUGCCGCUACUGCUGCUGCGUCUGCUGCGGAUCUGGAAGCUGCUCCCACACCUUAGGCAAGGUUCAUGGCGACCGUAGAUCAUCAUCAUCAUCAUCAAGGCCAGCGGAAGGCCUAGAGUCACCCUGCCUCCUCCCACCAUGGCCAGCAGAAAUCCCUCCAUCCACCUGGAAGCCAGGGAUCCGUCACCAGUGAUGGUUGCUGCCGGUGCCCCGAGUGGCCAGGAUGUGUUCUGCAAGCUGUGUCUCAGCCUGCAGCCGCUCGCAGCCAUCAGCGAGCUGGAGGGCUGUAGGUGCAUGUUCUGCACAGCGUGUUUGCAACAGUACGUCCAGUUGGCCGUAAUGGAGGGUGGGGGCGCUCCAAUCACCUGUCCAGAUAUGGCCUGUCCAAAAACCGGAGCCCUGCUCGACUCAGAGAUUGCCAGUUUAGCAGCUCCAUAUCAGGCGGAGCUGUACCAGCGGCUGAAGUUUGAGAGAGGUGUGAAGUUGGACCCCAGCAAAGCGUGGUGCCCUGUGCUUGACUGUCAGGCGGUGUGCCAUGUGCAGUCCAGCACCGAGGGCCGGCCCGCCGCCGUGGCCUGCCCCGCCUGUCACACUGUCUUCUGCUCAAGCUGCAGGGGCCCCUGGCUGGAGGGCCACACCUGCCCCGAGGGCCAGGCCAUGAUGUUACCCCCACUGUCUUCUGAAAGCAGCGACCCGGACGAGUCCAUCAAGCAGUGCCCCAUGUGUGCCGUUUACAUCGAGAGGAACCAGGGCUGUGCACAGAUGCUCUGCAAGAGCUGCAAACACACCUUCUGCUGGUACUGCCUGCAGAACCUGGACGGGGACAUCUUCCUGAGGCAUUAUGAUAAGGGCCCCUGCAGAAACAAGCUGGGACACUCCAGGGCCUCUGUGAUGUGGAACCGGACGCAGGUGGUGGGCAUCCUGGUGGGGGUCAGCAUCAUCGUCCUGGUCACGUCUCCACUCCUCCUGCUGGCGUCGCCCUGCAUCCUGUGCUGCAUGUGCAAACCCUGCAGCAGGAAGAAGAAGAAGAAGAGGAAGAGAGACCCCGGCCUCCCAGAGCCCCCCUCCUCCUCAUCCUCAUAGCAGCUUCAGCCCCCAUGUGCCUGAACCGAGAUGACUCCACUGGCCUCAUGAACACCAGAAGGUGCAAACUGCUGGAAGAACUUUGGAAACAAACUUUUAUUUUAUUUUAUUUUAUUUUUAUUUUUUCCUUUAAAAACUGCGGAGUCUUCAGCGGGCUGCCUACAUAAAUAAAUCACUGUUUCUGUGUAAAUAUGUGGAAUGUAAGUCCGUCGCCUUGCAGCGGUUACUGUGGCAGCCUGGAACUGGACGCAUGGGACUCGAAUGUUUUCCUUCACAGGGCUCUUUUUUUUUUCUCUCUCUGCAACGCUCCUCUGUAUACACACACACACACACACACACACACACACACACACACACACACACACACACACACACACACACACACACACACACACAUCCAGUUGAAAGUGCAAAGCCACCCUCAUGUGCCAAACAUCAAUGAUGCCAAACCAGAGGCGUUAAGGGCUCAGGUGCCUCUGCAGUGCCAGCUGCUCGGUCCGUUUCGUUUUGCCUUCCAUUCUGCUGAUUUAUUAUGCAAAAUACAACAUAAAAAGACUGCAGUUGUAAUCAUGGGAGAAUUUUAGGUGAUGUAAAAAUGUUCUUUAUUAAUGUGUGAAGGCAAAUGUGUAAGUAUAUGGAGAUGAGAUGUAAUAAGCAAGGCUUUGUGGGCGUUUCCACCUUAUAUAUGUUCCAGACCAAAGGCUGUAAUAUAAAACCUGUACUUUGCAAAAACGUGUUAAUUUAAUAUUUAUGAUUUAUCCGUCUGUCUGUUAUGUCAUUUCUACUUUUUCUGUUGAUGUUUCAGCAUUUUCUAAAUGCACCAUUACAAAUAAUAAAAAAACAACCUAAAAGUUGGAUCUGAUGGUUUGUUUCUCAGGACAGGAGAGGAAAUGGAAACGCCGUCAACAGAUUUACUUCCUGUGUUUGUUUUUUGUAUUCAUGAGCUGGUAUAAGAAAUCUGAUCAGCUCAAUCAUGAACACGUGAACACACACACACACACACACACACACACACAAAUACAGGGCAAUUUAUAGUGAUCAAUGAACCUAAUCGUCUCCUUCAGCUUUUGCACGUCUACAGGUUGAAAUUUAGCCAAUUGUUCUGCACAUUAAUCUGAUCUGAGACUGAA